AUGGCUGUCCGUGAAGCCAUCUCUCAGAGCAACCGCAGUACUCUUGAACCGAAAAAUGGGACUGGGUACAACGUUUUCGGCCUCUUCUCACAUGGGAACAUGUCCGGCAUCACUCGAAAGAGUCACGAGCUUCCAUGGUUGUGCAAGUACGUGAACCUCUUCGGCAAGCACCACCUUGCUCAGGAGGGAUCAUGUUGGACAAGUUUUGCGGUGAACUUUAAUCAGCCCAUGAACAUCCAUCUUGACCCCAACAAUGAUCCUGGUAGCAGCAACUUCACUUGCUCCUUCGGAGACUUCAAAGGGGGACAAUUAUGGGUGGAGUUGACUGAAGAUAGCGAUCCCAGUGUGAGCCCGGUGCGAUGGAAGACCAAGCGUAACGGUCAACGAGUACCAGGCCAUCUUCACACAACCCAACAUCGUUUCAUUCAGUUCUCUCCCAAGAGUUUUCAUGCGACUGAUCGCUGGUCAGGUACCAGAAUCUCUUUGACCUUUUACUCCUCUCGGUUGAUUGCUCAGAGUACGGAAGCCCGACGAGAAUGCCUCAAGAAACUGGGGUUUCCUUUGCCCAGGUCCGUCAGGCCUUUGAAGUACGACGACAACGAGGGCGAGGACGCCUAUGCCGUUGAUCCAGUUGAGGGACAGGGCGCGGGAGAAGUUCUCUUGUGCCAGGAUGUCCGUCACCUUCUACAAGCCUCGUGCGAGGAAGUGUGGGAUGAGGUCAACUCACUUCUUGAUGUGCAUGGCAGGGACCCUCACUGUUUGCAGGUGGAUGUCAUAGAGCUCACCAGCAACUGGAACAGCGAAGCCCGGCUUUCGCAUGGUUCCAACUUCCGAAAGGUGUUGAGGAAUGUGAUCUCCCUUUCCCAACAACAACUUCGGGGUGGAGAAUGUGUCUGGGUCUCAGAAAAGCAUUCCAGUGCUUGGCGAGAUCGUGACUCAUGCCAGUUCUGGCAGACUCUUGCAGAAUCCGGAAAGGCCUUCGAGUGGCAGCACGGAGAUCUACAAAUUCGAACCACGUCAAAGGCGAUGUUCCUGGAUUGCUCUAGGGUGUCUUCAAAAAUGGAGAGUGUAGAGAACCAGUGGGAUUACCUGUAUCGUGCCUUCUGUGGGUCAGUCAUGAACUUUCAUGGGGCUAGCUCAGCCUCAGGAGAAGGGAACCCCGUCUAUGCCGUGACGGCCCAGAAAGAAGCUCUUGAAGGCGUGGAUAAGAAGGAGCUGGAAAGCUUGUUAGACACCGUGCAGAAGCUUCAUCGGAGGUUCGGACAUCCUUCCAACAGCCUCCUCCUCAAGAACCUUCGAGCCAGAGGUGCAUCUCCUAAGCUGUUAGCCGUGGCCGCUGAGUUUAAAUGUGACAUGUGCAUGGAGAACCAGAUUCGCACUUCAGCUCCCGCGGUCAGUCUGAAGCGUGAGGACCGCCUCUGGUGCACUCUUCAGAUCGACGGUUUCUAUAUGCGAAUUGGCCAGGAAGUGUUCCACUACUUGCUCAUGGUCGAUGAGGCCUCCGGCUUCUGCGUAGUAGAAGAGAUGAUAAGGCACCCCGAGAAAGAGAUGAGGCACAUGACGACCGCCCAGGUAUGCCGGACCUUGGAACUUCGCUGGUGCCAGAUCUUCGGGUUUCCUGAAACCAUCAAGCUCGAUCCCGAGGGAGCUUUCAGAGGACUUGAUCUGGGAGAAUACUGCUCGUCCCGAGGUAUCGAGCUCAGUGUCAUUCCUGCCGAGUACCACGAAGGGAUCUCCGAGGUCGAGCGAUCCAUUGGGACAAUUCGUAGGAAGAUUGAGGCCUUCAUGCGCCAGGAACAGUAUCAUCCUACGAGGGCGGCUGCGCAGAUGGUGGCUGCACACAAUACCAUGGCCAGAACCCUGGGUUUUUCUCCAGCCCAAUGGGCCUUCGGUAGAGACGUCACCGUGACAGGACAUAGCCGUGAACGUCCUGGAGAGGUCUGCGCCCAAAGUGCUAUGUCCGAUCCUUCCCAUGGCAUGGCAGAAUCCCUUGAGCUACGCACCAGGGCAGAGAAAGCCUUCAUCGAAGCUCGAGCUCGAGAAGUGAUGUCAAGGGCAAUGAAUUCCCGAACAAGGCCAGCCAAAAGAUUCUUGCCUGGGGACAUCAUAUUCUACCAACGAUUCCAGGUUCCGCAGGAUGCUCCGGCCAACUCGGUGGUGGACCGUCCCCGGAUGGGGAUAGCCCGCUUCUAUGGACCAGCCCGAGUGUUGGCCACAGAGACUCGUGUGGUCUCAGAAGAAGGGGUCCGAAAGCCUAGUGCCAUAGUGUGGGCAGUCUGCAACGGCCGGCUUAAGCGCUUUCAUCAGAGUCAGGUCCGACACUCCACCGAAUCUGAGCGCCUCAUCGCCGAGGGUGCAGCAGGUGCCGAGUUUCCGUGGACGUUUGCUUCGUUGGCGAGUCUCCUUGAUCGUGGUUCCUUUGACGAUGAAACCAUCGUUCGCUCCCGAACCCGAGGACGUUCCAAGACUCCGGCCCGAUCCAGGUCAGUUCCUCCUGGUCGGCGAGCUGCUCCAGAACCUCCAGUACUCCCUCCUCAGCUUCAUUACGGUCCUGAGCCAGAAGCCGAGGACUUUGAAGAAGAAGAGGAAAUGAUUCCAGUCCCUGCUGAGAUGUCACGAGGCUCAAAACGUCCGGAUCCGGAGCCUCCUCAUGAUGAUGAGGCAGAGAUGAUCCCCGUGCCGCAGGCUCACAAUUCGCUGGUGGAAAAUUUGGACAUGAGUCGUUUAUUGAAUGAUCCUCAAUACCUGCCCGCGAACUUUGUGACCUUGGAUCAGGAAGAGAGUGAGAGUUCUGCCUAUGUCAUCCAGAAUGCCUCAUGCGCCUCCUUGCAGGACGAGUCCCCUGCGUUUGCAGUCACCCUCGCUGCCCCAUCGAGCGAGGCCGAGUGGAAGGUCAGCUAUGCCAAACUUAAUGGGGUACAGCGUGCUGCAAUGGACGAGGCCAUGAAGGUCGAAGUGGACAACUGGAUGAAGACCCAGGCUGUGAGGGCAGUUCAGAAGUUUCUGCCUCAGAGAGAGUUGCUCAAAAUGCGAUGGGUUCUCACUUUCAAAAGUGCUCCUGAUGAAUCUGCUGAGCCAAAGGAUGGACAACCUGCGAGCGAUUUCCCCAAAGCCUCUGGAGAGCGGAUCAAAGCCAAGGCGAGAAUUGUCAUUCUCGGCUACUCCGAUCCGAAUCUUCUGGAGGCCAAUACGGUGAGCCCAGCUAUGUCACGUCUUUCUCGGCAACUUCUGUUAAACAUGGCUUCAGUUCGAAAGUGGGACAUCUUGUGUGGGGAUGUGAAAUCGGCCUUCUUACAGGCAAAAUCUCCACAAGGGCAGAGGUGCGUGUUCGCGGCUCCAGUUCCCGAGCUGGCGCAUGCGCUCGGCCUACAAGAAGGACAGGCAGUGCAGCUCCUACGCAGCUGCUACGGAUUGGUGUCCGCCCCAAGAGAAUGGUACGAAGAUGUACAUAGGACUUUGGUCAGCUUAGGUGCCGAAAGGCUUACCACCGACAGCUGUGUGUGGCGCAUCCGGGAUGCUUCAGGCGCUGUGGUUGGACUUGUGUCCAGCCAUGUUGACGACUUCUUAAUGACGGGAUGCUCCUCCUCAAAGGCCUGGCAAGACUUCUUGCACGGCUUCAAGAAUGCCUAUGAAUGGAGUCCAUGGGAGCAUGGAGCCUUUCGACAUUGUGGUGUCAACAUCAUGCAGCAUCCUGACCAUUCUGUAAGCUUAGACCACUCCAGUUUCUGCCAGGAGUUGAAGCAGCUCGACCCGAUCCGUGAAGAGCGCAAGUUGACUCUUGCGGAAGUCAGCCAGGUGCGUGCCGUGUUGGGAAGUGUGCAGUGGAGAGUUUAUCAAAGUGCUCCACAGCACGCUGCUAAACUUAAUUAUCUGCAAUCUCUCAUCGCUUCGCAAGAUUCCAGCAUCGUGGAACAGGUCAACAAGUUGAUCCGUGAAGUGUAUUCAGCUCGAAGUUUGUCUGUUCAGGUGCAAUCUUUGGGAGCAGAGGAUCCCGAGCAGUUAUGCAUGAUCGCAUGGUCAGACGCUUCUCUUGCGAAUCGUCCGGAUUUCUCAUCCACAGGAGGGCAUUUAAUUGCUCUAAUGCAUCAGCAGUCUCUCGAGGCUGGAAUGGGACGCAUCAAUCCUAUCGCCUGGAAGAGUGGAAGAUUGCACCGAAUAGCCCGUAGUUCUUUGAGUGCAGAAUCACAAGCCCUUGCUGACACCGAGCAGGAGCUUUUCUUUGCUCGCUUAGAGUGGCGGGAGAUGAUCGGCGACUAUGUCGAUGCCAAGGUCCCAGAGAAUACGGCGGCCAAGGUCCCCUCAUACCUUGUGGUCGACGCAAAGGCCAUGUUCGAUACGUUGUCGAAGGGUGUCUUCGUUGCCAGUCAAAAGGAUAAGUAUACUGGUUUGGAACUUUUGUCGUUGAGUCAGCAUCUAGAAAAACAAAAGACAGUGCUUUUGUGGUGUGAUAGCAACCACAUGCUGGCGGAUGGUUUGACGAAGGCUAGCAAACAAGAUGUGCUCAAACGUUUCCUGGCAUCUGGAUAUUGGAGGAUCCGUUACGAUGGAGCCUUCAUUUCAGCGAAGAAGAGACGCCAGAUGUUGAGGGAGCCUGCUGCGGAGAAUGUGACAAACUCUGUUUUUCUUCAGUGUACAGAGCAGGCGCAAGCACUGAAAUGCUUCGGCAUUCUUCCUGGGGGCAUGUCAGAAGACUUGUACAAAUCAGUUUUGCCUCCACCUUCCAGUGCUUGCAAGCAUUCGGUUCUCACUUCCAGGAGCUCCUUCGGCCCGAGGCUCCUGACUCUUUUCCUUCAGAUCUCAGAUCGACUUCGUGCGAGCAGUGCGGAAAACGACUACCACUUCUUGCAUCACAUUUUUGGCGACAACAGAUUCCCUGGAAGCCACAUAGAAGAGGAGUUUGCGGUUGGCCGGCAGAACUGGUUCUCCCAUCGCUCGAAGGCGCCCGAUGAGCUGCUCCAGUUCUUGAACGACUAUUUCCGCGAAAUGGAUGACAUCUGCAAGAAGUACAACGUGACCAAGAUCGAAACCGUGGCCGAGGAGUACGUGGCCUGCGUCGGCGUGACUCCCGCAGACCAGGAGGUCAACAAUGACGCCAGACGCGGCCAUUCCCUCUUGCUCGAAAGGCUGCUGAAGGCCUCCGAGGAAAUCCUGGCCCUGCAAGAAAAGGUGGUGCAGGGGGACAAGGUGAAGUUUAAGAUGGGCAUGCACACCGGCGACAUCGUCGCUGGCGUAAUUGGGUCCAAGCUUCCCCGCUUCCGCCUCUUUGGGAACACCAUCAACACCGCAGCGCGAAUGAUGCAGAAAGGAGAGCCGGGCACGGUCCAGUUCGGCAUCGAGACGCGAAAGUGGGUCCACGACGACAUGGUGCAAGAGAGGGGCGACGUCGAGAUGAAGGGCAAAGGCAAAGUGCGAUGCUUCGUGUUGAAGCGAAAGAGCGAGAGAACGUCUGGCUCGACGCAGGACACGGAGGAGAAGAAACCCGCCACCUCAGACAGGUCCUCCGCGUCCGUUCCGCAGGGAGAGCAGGACUCCGUGGAGUAUAGCGAAUCCUGGCGCCAGGCCAUCGAAGGCUACAUCGGCAGUCGCGAUGAUCAAGGCGACUACCUCGUUCUGGACAACAGCAAUGAGGUUGUCCCCUGGGAUCAGAGCUCCUUCGUGGCAAAGCCCGGGAUUUUCCCUCUGAGGGUCGUCAGAAAGAACGACGACGAGUUCGACAAGAUUAUGGAUGCCCAGCUCUCCGCGGAUGCCUCCAAGCUCAAGGGCAAGGAGAAGAAGGAGUGGUUCUGUUGGUGGCAUCAGAAGGCUGUUUGUCCGGGCUUCGCGCUCCGACAGAACAUCUUGACCCUCAUCAUCGCAAUAUCAUCCAUGGCGGAAAUCCUCCACAUGGAGCAUAUCAGGGGAUGGGAGAACGACAUGUCCCACAACAGUCUGCUUCAUCUGCAUGGCAACAUGCGCUUUCGAGUCUACCUCCUCCUCCGCGUGAUCUGCUUCUUGAUCUGCCUUGGCUGGUGCCUCCUUGCCAAGAAGACCACGUGGCUGGAGGAAGGCGAGCUUGAUCCGGAUGACGAGGGCGACCCGAGGACGCAGCGCAAGAAUGCCUUGUACGCCAGAGCUUGGACGGUGCAGCUGGCACUGAUUUGCACCAAAGUGGUGCUGAGUGUCCUUAUUUGGCUAUCCUACAACGUGCUGGUCCUGCACCGCAUGAAGAUUCCGUACCAGAAACUGGGCCCCCUGGAAUACCUGAAUCAGCAGUUCUCGCUGGUGUUCAUGGUGGCCUUCUUCAUUAUCAUGAACAUCCACCCGCUGACCUUCCACAACUCUCUGGUCUUUCUGCCCUUGGCCUUCAUCUUCAUGCUGUUCAGGGACAACACGCCCCUGUACGUCUCGGGGGUGGGCAGGGUUGUGUUUGUUUGCACUGCCAUCCUCACCGCGAUCCUCUCGUACUUGGGGGAGCAGUCGAGCCGAGCCCUCUUCAAGUCCAAGAAGAAGGUCAAAGAGAGCACGCGCCGCAUCGAGGGCAUCCUCCAAACGCUGAUGCCCGCGGAGGUGCUGGAGACGCUCCACAAGCUCGGCCCAGGCCACACGCCUUCCCACCACUACAAUCAGGCGACCAUCACCCAGUCUGACCUGUGCGGCUUUACCCAACUCUCGUCGACCAAGACACCCCACGAGGUCGUGGGCUUCAUGGGUGACCUCUUCGGCAGGUUCGACGCUCUCGCGAGCGAGUUUGGCAUCUACAAGGUGGAAACGGUUGGCGACGCGUACAUCGCUGGCAUGGCCUGGGUCACGGGCGAUGACGGCGUUCCCUUGCAAAAGCUGACUGAAAAGAACUCGGCGUUGCAGGUGGUGAAAUUCGGCCUGGCGAUGAUCAAGGCGACUGCAGACUGGGACGAGGGCAUGAAGAUGAAAAAGCUGGUGGAGCCCAACGUGAGAGUCACCUGUCGCGUUGGCCCUGGCCUUACUGUGUCAGUGUCUCAAGUCCCAAAGGAGGAUAUCUUCGUCAUAGUUGGCAUAGUUGGGUAA